AUGGCUUCUGCCCUCGGUUCUGCCAUCCAGGCCUCCUUGAACCUGGACUCUGUGUUUCAAGAGUAUGAUAAUGACUCCGAAUUCUUCCGUCAGCGCUUCCGGCAGUUCCAGUACAAAGAAGCGGCAGGGCCUCGUGAUGUUUUCAACAAACUCCGGGAGCUUUGCUGUCAAUGGCUGAAGCCAAAGACGCAUUCUAAGGAACAAAUGGUGGAGCUUCUGGUGCUGGAACAGUAUCGAACAAUUCUGCCCCAGGAGCUAGAGACCUGGGUGACAGAACAAUGCCAAGAGACUACAGAAAUGAUUGUGUCUCUGUUAGAAGAAGACUUACAGAUCAAACUUAAGACACCAGAGGCACAGAUCGACAGGCAGGAAAAGCUCUUGGAAGACCUGGCAGCAGUCGGAAUGGCAGACAUACCACCAAACAUGCAGCUGGAGGUACUCCCACUCCAAGCAAUGGGACCUGUCCCCGAGGCCCCAGUGGCAGAGGCAUGGAUCCCACAGGAGCUGAGCCACGGUGCUAGGGGGGAAGACCAGCCCUUUCUGGACCCCGGAUACCCACCAGCAAAACCUGAACUCGCAGAGCCCUGGGUGAAGGAACUACAGGAUUGCAAGGACGUGGAACAACUAUUGCAAUUCCUUGACUUCAAGAUAGGUAAGUGAGGAGAAAAUGUGUCAAAGCAGAAAAAAAAACUGGAGAGCGUGUAUCCAUUUUCUGUUUCUUUAGACGGAAAUGCACUUCCUGAUCUGAACUUUCCAGAAGACUCGGAAGAGCCAAAAUAUCAAUUGGGAAAUCCUGCAGAGCAGCUACCCAGAGACCUCGCAUUGCCUGUCCACGAUCAGAAUCCCUCUCCAGGAGAGAGAGCUGAGAGAUCCAACCAGGAAGGCCCUCUCAACCCCAGAGCCCAUGAGCAAAACAGUGCCCCAAAGAAACCACACCAAUGUAUUCAGUGUGGGAAAGAUUUUGUUUCCAAGAAGGUACUUAACGGGCACCUGAAAAUUCAUUCGGGAAAGCUCCCUCAUGAGUGCCUUGAAUGUGGGAAAAGAUUCCUUCGUAAGUCAAACCUACAAAGGCAUCUUCGAGUUCACACAAGGGAGGCACCCUAUAAGUGCAGCGUGUGUGAGAAGCGAUUCACUCAGCUGUCACACCUCACAGAGCACCAGAAAACCUCUUCUGGCCAAGAGGUAUCCACUUGCCCUGCCUGUAAGUUGCGAUUUUGUAAUAGGAAACAAUUUAUACAACACCUAAAAAUCCACACAAAUGGAAAACCCCAUAAGUGUCAGAGUUGUGGGAAAAGAUUUAGACGACAUAGAGACCUUGACUUACACCACACAGCACACACUGCAGAGAGACGAUUUAUGUGUGAGUGUUGUGGGAAAAGCUACAGACAGAGAGCAAGCCUUGUUUUUCACUUAAGAAGCCAUUCAGGGGAGAAGCCAUAGAGGUGCACUCAUUGUUCUACAAGCUUCCUUAACAAAGCAUUUUGUUUAAUAUGCACCAAGCAGCUAGCUCACUUUAGAGAAGAGCUCCUUGAGAAUUUGUUGAAGGAAACAGUUCCUACACAACGUGACACUAGUCUAUUAAAGCUUUAA